CGGGACCCUCCCUCCCCGAGUUUACCCCAGGGGUUCCAGAUUGUUAAUGUACACUUAUUGUGUAUGGUUUUACUUUUUAACAUCGAAUAUUGACAAAAAUACAUUGUUUGAAAAAAUAACCCUCGUAUAGCUAUUAUAUAUACACACGGUAUGAAACGCACUAUAUGCCUAUUGCUGAAAGAUUGUGGAACACUGGACCUGACCUUUUUCAUCGAAAACACACAUGUUCCAAUGCAGUUGCCGACAAAAAGCAACUGGAUUCGUUAAAAGACAGUAAAAGCAACGAGAUUACGCUACUAACCGAUCUCCUGCUCGGCUAAUAACUUUGAUAUUCAAUUAAAUUCGACUUUCUCGCUACAUGUCGGUGUUUUGCUGUCAUAUUUUGUCAAUCGAAUGCUCGGUUCUAAAACGCCAUAUCAUUGGCCAACACAAUGAGAACAACCAACCAGAUGACGUGUUAUAAAAUUAAAAUGGUGUACAUGUGUAGAUGAAACACCUAGUGACAUAUAGCGUGAAAGUCAAAUUUAAUUGAAUAUUAAAGUUAUAAGCUCUUUACAGGAAGUGCCCCUUUUCAGUCAAAGUAUGACAUCAUUACAGAAGCUGUGAUGUGUGUCAUUGGAAAAGACACCGUAACCGUGACAUGCACUGCUCCAUUAAACUUGAACAGCACCUAUUUACAGCUAACAGGGUCAAGUGCUGAGAGUCACGAGGAUGCUUCAGAUGACGCUAUUUUGCCAAGCUCAGACAGAUGCAGUUCGCCUGAGCCCCAAUCUCACAAAAGACGAAAGGAGUGCACAACCAAAGUAAGAGAGAAAAAUCCUAAGAUGUGUGGUCUCACAUGCUUGUUGAAGUCAUUGCAGUUUGGAUGCCAUGAACAAACUGAAUAUGAAGAAGCUCAAACUUCAAAUCAAAUUGUAUGUGGCACAGCUGGCAAAGUUACAAGAAGAAUGACCUAGUCAAAUCUCUAAGAGAAGGGCAGUUAAAUGGGCAUAUUGACUGUGUAUGAUUUAAAAAAAUAAAAGUUUAGAUAAGAAA